GCCCUGCACACACACAUGCUUGGCAGGCUCCUCCCUCCUCUGUCUCUUCCUCCUUUCCUUUAUGAGCAGUUCUCCCUCCAGAGGCCCAGACUUCCUCUUUCACAUCCACCUGUUCUUCUGAAUAUUUGUUUCCAAGGGCUGCCCUUUGCACCCCUUCACCCUUACCUGAAUCCUAACACUUGCCCCUUAGGGUGGGAUUCUCCGUCUUGGCACUGCUGACCUCUCUGGCUGGGUUAUUCGCUGUCUCGGGCAGCCCUCCUGUGCAGUGUGGGGUGUUUAGCAGCCUCCCUCGCCUCCACUCAACUGCAGGCCAGGAGCACCUCCUCCCUGCAUUUGUGACAAUAGAAAAUGUCUCCAGACAUUGCCGAUGUCCCCUGGGAAACAAAACCAUACUCUGUUCAAAACAGCUGCCCUGCAGGCUCUUGUCAAAAGUGUGCAGGACAGAAAUUGGGAGGCUGAGAGUGGGCCCUGGCGGGCACGGGUCAGGAGAACUUGGAGGGGCACAUUUUGCAGCCUGUUCCCACAGUGAGAAUCCCGUGUGCUUGUCUCCAGGGCUUUGCUCACUCUCCUGGGAGCUCUGGAAAGCUGCACUUGUGCUCCCUUCCUCGUAGGUUUGCUGUGCAACAGUCGUGGCUUCUGUGGCUCCUCAGGCCCGGGGGCGCCCCUUGAACCCUCCACUCUUGCUCCAAGCCGGGUUCGCAGACAGGAACAGAAACAUGGACGGAGCCACGUGGCUGAGCCUCUGUCCUGAUAACAAAGCCCCGCUUUGGAGGAAAAAGCACAAAUCGCUACAAGCCCGGGGCACAGGCAACCUCGCUCUGCAGAGAAGAGCGGAUGCCAAGCUGUGGAAAAGCUACCAGCUCCAGCGCUUGGCUGAGGAGUUGGGGAGAGGGUGUCGGGAGGCGCGGUACCUGCACGUCGGAGGCCUGGACCGACUGCAGUCAGCGCGUCUGUUAGGCUGGGGAGGAGGACGGGCCAGGGAAAAUGAGCCCGCCUCAGAGGGGCCCGUCCAGCGGAGAUCAGCCAGGCCCCCAAGGGCCAAGGAGAAGCACAGAGCGGCCCCUAGUGAAGAGAGGAGUUGCAGGGAAGAGUUGGGCCAGCAACACCCCAGGCACUCCAGGCCCCGGAAGACAGCAGCGAGCCCAGAGAAAUCACAGACUACAAAAGCCAUGGGUCAGAUGAAUUCUCACCUGGCCCUGCCUGAGAAGAGAAAGGGAAGGCGAGAACCUUCGACCAAGUCCGGGGGUGGCCGCGGUGCCAUCCACCCUCGGAGGAGCAGGGGGCCGGACCUAGAAAGGCCAGACCCACUCGUGGCUGCUGUGGGAGAAAUCAGGCGUGUGGAGGGAAAAGAGAAAGGAACAGCUCGGGCGGGGAGGAGGUCACUGGGACAGGGGGCAGUUGGCUUUGUUCCAGCCCUGACCAGUCGCUCUCGGGGACAGAGUCCAGAGGGGAAGCUGAGAGACCUCGGGCAGCUGUGGCCAGCUGGUGCCAGCCACAGAAGGGAAGCCGUGUCCCCAGCAUCUCAGUGCACGCUCCGGGAGAAGAACAAGUGGCAGAAAGAGCUGGAGUUGGCCUUUGAAGAGUUGUUUAAUAUAAACAGAAAGCUGAAAAAACACCUGCGCUUGUACCUGGCACUGAAGCCCAGGAUGGACCAGAGCCCCGGGGAAGAGCAUGCCUUCUCAGAGAUGCAAGAAUGCGGCGCUGGGACCCCAAGAGGGAAGAAAACGGCAGAGGCAGAGAUGCUGCCCGCCGGGGAACCCAGGAGCCUAGCAGAGGAGGUGGAGCAGCAGGCAGCAUCCAAGACCAACUUGAAAAUGUUAAUGGGCAAGGUCAAGCCCAUGUUUAGAAAUGGAAGUCAAACAUUGUCUCCUGAGGCAGGUAUAUUUAUCAGUGAAGGGGACUUAUUAUUGUAUAGCACUGAAUCUGGACAAGAGACCCCCAAACUGGGCACGCUGGCAGAGGGCUCCCUUCAGCUCCACCUUCAAGACCAGACAGACAGAGCAGGUUCAACGGCGUCCAGGCAAAGACAGAAAGCAGAGAUGGAGCAGAGAAGACAAAAACAACUGGAAUCGCUUGAACGAACGGAACACCCAGAUAUGAGCUUGGAAAUCCACUACAAGGCUGAGUUAGAAAAAGAGAGGAGGGAGCAAAGAAGGGCUCGACUGGCGCAUCUGAAGUCCUCCUCCACAAGAGCCCGGGAAAGGGAGACAGGAUCUGAGCUCAGCACCACUUCCCCAUCGGGCACCAGCCUCGCCAACGACGACUGGCACAGUCAGAUGAUCCGAGACCAGCAGCAGCAGAUUUUAGAGCAAAACAAGUUGCACAAGCAGUUUCUUGAAGAAGCCAGGAAACGCUUGCAAGAGUUCCAGAACAUAUGCUAAACGCGAGAGGCCCACCCGGGGUAAAUACAUCAUUGAUAAUGGUGAUGCCAGAUCUGAUACCCGAGUCUCUAAGAUCUGUGUUUGCGUCAUUGCCUCAGAGACUAUUAGGCCUCUUUAAAAUGGGCAGUCUGGGGCCAGUGCAGUGGCUCACGCCUGUAAUUCCAGCAGUUUGGGAGGCUGAAGUGG